CGUCAUUCAUUUCUUUAUAACUUAAAUUUCCGGCACCAGCUUGUAACAGCCAACCUUUCCAACCAGGGUGACUUUGUUUGCUUGACUUUUCUUUUAAGUUGUUCCUUGUUUGAACAGUAAUGCUUGUACAAACAGGAAACUGUUUGGAAACUCCUCUCGAUACGAGACCCAAGGUCAUUCAAACAAACAGCAUUCUUCCAGGCUUCUCCGAGACAUAAAAUCCUUUAUGACACAGUUACUGCUGAUCUUGUGGGCUCAUUCUUGUUACGGCAAACCAGUGAAGUAAAGUGGUUUUUGAUAGCGCUGUGUCUCAUAUAUCGGACGUCUGAAACCUCUUAAUGUUCUCAGCAGGGAAGUGCAUUACUGCUAAAAAUAUUCCUAAAAACAAAUGCAAUGCCUCUGUUGUCCGACUUGGCUUAUCUGACAUUUGAUCAGGUUUCUUUAUGAAGUUAUUAUUUGAUUGGUGGUAUGUGUCCAAAAUGUAUUGGCAUAAAACAGUCUGUCUUUUUCUUGGGUGCAAGAAAAAGACAGACUGUUCAGCUGGCUGAACACAAAGGGGACAUUUGCCUCCCUGUGGUCCCAUUUAUGGUCUGAAAGAUUGGGUUUGUGUGUUUUAUGAUCUUCAGAAUGUUUUAUGGCCACUGAGGGUGUUUACGCAUGGAGAGAGAGAGAGAGAGAGGGUCAGAGGGGUGAAAUCAAUACUGAUCCUUAAUGAGGUUGUCUAUAAGGAAGCGGAAACGUGGCUGACAAAGGCUUAUUACUAAUACUACUAAUAAAGUUAAUACAUUCAUCUUCUACUAGCGCUAAAAGUUUUUCGGGGUAACGUCACGUUAAGUGGGCAAGAGCUAAUCCAAGCUAACAUGGGUCAAGUGCGUGGCCCACGCCAGUCCUUCACAAAGCCUCAUGAAAAGAGAGCAAACACUGUUCACUCACACUCAAAAUUCAAUUUAGAGUAAACAGUCGAGCUCGACCAGAAUAUCUGAAGUAAACAAUGAACAGGCAUAAAAAGAUCAUAAGUUAGCCAGAGAAUCAAACCAGUGAUUCAUGACGUAAAAAUAAUUUUUAAAAAAUACAAUUUUGAAAACUUCUGUUGUGUCUACCUUGUCAAAGUGGAUAGAAACAUGUUAAUCACUGAAGUGUAUUGCCGCUCUGCAGGCCCAGUCGCCUGCUGGGUCCGACCUGGAACACGCUGUGACACACUGCUGCCACAGAUCUUGUCAGAAUGUACUGUGUGAUUAGAACAUUACAUACGCAUGAUUAUCAAGAGGAACAGGAAAUGCAGACUAAUUGAGCUGCCACCACAACACGUAAUGAAAUUCUCUGUUGUUGUUUUUUCCAAACAGUUCUCUGUAACCAAGCUGGAAUCAGGGUUAUGUAACGACUUUCUACUGCGGCUAAUAAUGGGCUACAUUGGGGAAAAGAACUAGUUUUAUGUGGCUUAAUUUUUUUUUUAUUAGGAAGAGUUGAAAUGGGAUUUUUAAGGAUUAGCAUAUUCUGUGAAAUAAACAAUUUCCCAGGCAAUGGUUGAUGGCAAGUGAAUUUCUAUUUCUGAGGUUUGUUUGUUUGUGUGUUUGUUUUGUCAGGCUGUGAUGGGGGUUUUUGUAGCUGUGCUUGGACAGCUGUCUCUACAAGGAGUGAUGAUACUGUAUUUGUCAGCUUCAACCAUUCAGAGCAAAAGGACAAGAACAAGAAGGGUUUCUCCAUGACUUGCUCUCUGUGCUCUUCGUAUCACCUCACCUCCCUAAAGAGGCCUGUAACCAAUGGCAACGUCAGUCCAAACUCUUCCUCUGACCCGUGGGCCCAACAAAAACUUCCGUAACCCCUUCACGGCCCCGUCCCUCUCCUCUCGUUGUGGCAUGGGAAGCGUGGGCAGUCUGGUGGAGCGACCAGAUGUGUCUCCAUCCAAAGGCAACCGUGCGGUCCCUCAAGUGAGACCGAAGCAGACCAACGGCCUGAGGAAAGGCUUCACGCAGAGAGAGCUGCUGAACUACCUCAACAUCACCAGAAAAGAGCCUAAAUCACACCCGGGCGGUGACGGCAGAAAGGACAUCACAUCCGCCAGUGGACGUGAUGUGGACAACAUCUAUGCCAAGGUCUACCACAAGGAUGGCACUGAAAUAGAUCUGACAAAGAACUCUCUGCCAAGUGGAAGCAAAUAUGAAAAGGUUCGAUUCAGAUCCUCAGCCUUCAAGCCGGUCCCGCCAAAAAACUUCAGUUCUAUGCAGAACCUCUAUCCAUCAUACAAGUCAGAGGACGUGGAGCACGGCUUUUCCAACGGGCUGCACAGAGCGUUUGCUCACGUUCCCAAAGCUGUUUCCACGUCUUCUUCUUCCUCCUCGCCCUCUCGUCCUGGAGGACAGACAACAAACGCUAAUAAGCUGCAGGCUCUGUCCUCUGUGCGUGGGACGAGCCAGGAAGACGACAACCUGUCAGACUCCGGUCACAACUCCAUGAGCAGCCUGCCGCCGUACCGCUCACACUUCCGCCCACACCUGGCUCACAUCAGUGCAUCUAUGGGCCACAUCAACACCAUAGGAUCCGUAGACCGCAGCUCACCGUGCCUGAAGGUUGUAGGGUCAGAGGGUGUGGCCAUUGGGGAGGUGGCGUGUCGGAGCAUGGCGUCCCUGAACCGUCUGGCUCCAUAUGGAGGGGAGGCUCCACCUCCUUAUGAAUGGACUCUCUCCUUGUCCGUGGAGGAAGUGGUUCGUGAUUUGGAGGAGCGUCUGGUGGAGAAGGAACAUGAGCUGAAACAGAUGAAAAGAAACCUGGACGAGAGCGAGGGCGCCAUCGUUCAGGUGUUUGAAGGGAAACAGCGGCUGUGGGAGAAGGAGGUGGAGGAGCUCAAGUGCCUUUAUGCUGCCAAGCUGCGCCAGGUUUCCCAGCAUGCCCAGCGAUCCCAUCGCAGCAUGCAGUUGCAGUUGUUCAAAGCCCAGCAGGAGAAGAAUCGACUGCACGAGGAGCUGGACAAUCUGAAAAAGCAGAGGAGCCAAGAACCUGAAGCUGUAGUCAAAAGAACCAGCCCGACCCUGGAGGAGACACAGUGGGAGGUUUGCCAAAAGUCGGGGGAGAUCUCUUUGCUGAAACAGCAGCUGAGAGACUCCCAGACUGAGGUGACGCAGAAGCUCAGUGAGAUCUUUCAGCUGAAGACGCAGCUCAGGGAGACUCGAGUGGAGGUGAGCAGCAGAGAGACACAGAUUGAAGCACUGAAGCAGAUCCUGCAGGGGACGCAGCGUCACAGGUCGUCCUCUCAGAGUGGACAGGAAGAUGGAAAAGGAGCCGAAGACGUUACGCCCUGUGGGGCAACAGGAGGCUGUGGGGGGCCCACGGAGGAGCGUUUGCGUGCAGAGCUCCUGCUGGAGAGACGCCAGAGCGAGGCCCAAGCCAUGGCUUUCGAGGAGGAGAGGCUGACAUGGCAGACGGAGAAAGACAAGGUCAUCCGCUACCAGAAGGAGCUGCAGGCCAGCUAUGUAGACAUGUACCGUCGCAAUGAACUCCUAGAGAAGGAACUGCAGCAGCUGAGGGCAGGCAGAGAGCAAGGAGCAACAUCAGAUGGAGGAGGAGGAGGAGGAGGAGCAGGGAGCAGAAACGGGACACUGGAAAGGGAAGUGCCAGAGUUGAGAAGUCACAGAGUGAGAGAAAAACCCGAGGACAGACUUUCGUCAGAUUUGCCAUGGAUAGAGAGGAUCGAAUCAUCUGAAAUUUGAAUGUGUCCAGUUUGUUCCUGAUGUGAUGGAAGAGCAUGUGUGUGAAGAGAAGAAGAAGAAAUCAAUGUCUUACUGGGGUAAAGGACUUACUAAGUUAGACAGGCAGGAUCAACAACAAUACAGUACCUAUUCUGACUCCCCCACAGAGGGCGCUGUGAAACAUAGCUGCAUUGUGUUCUCUAUUGUGGCCCCAGAGUAGACCCCCACCACCUGAAGAACAUGGAAUCAUAUCUAUGACCUUUAUUUUUGCCUCAGCCUAACUUUGUGUAGUGUUUCGCACCGGUGCCAAUUUACAGAUUUAAGUUUUAUUGCAUUUUGUG